AUGCUGAAGGUCAAGUCCAUCGCGGGACACAAAUUUGUCCCGGAUGUGAAAGACUUCAUGCUGGAAGUGCUUUGGGAAGGUUUUGAAGAUAUCGAGUCCUCAUGGGAACGGCUGCAGAAGCUCAUGCAUGAAUACCCGGCUGUGGUGAAGAUCUACGUUGAAGGCGUGAAGACAGCGAGCGAAGGCGAAGAAUUAGCGAGGCCCAAGUGUGUCCUGCGGGACAUGGCUUGGGGUGUGUGUUGUGGUGGGCGACUUAAGCCAAGUCCCGCCAUGACACAGGUGGUCCUCAACCGAGGCCACCAGGUGCCGACCCUUGGCGAACCGACAUGA